AUGACACAAGGCACCUUCCCAAAGGCAUUGAAGAGAUCUAUUGUAGUGCCUGUCCCUAAGGUAUCACCCCCAAAGAGUAUUGAAGACGACCUACGACCAAUAUCUUUAACAUCUCAGAUCGCCAAAGUUAUGGAGGAUUGUACUUUGGACAAUUUUUUUCCUGAAGUUGUAAAUAAACUUGACACCAAACAAUUUGCACUCCCAAAGAAAUCAACGACCCACGCUUUGGUCUACCUUUUACAUUCAAUCUUGGUAGCUCUUGAGAGAGGUUCCUGUACUGCCAGAUUGUUCUUUGCAGAUUUCAAGAAAGGUUUUGACCUAGUAGACCACAAUGUUAUUAUUAAAGAAUUAACCCUGCUUGGUACCUAUCCCUCUAUAAUUCGGUGGAUUAAAGCCUUCCUCUGCGAUCGCGAACAAUGUGUCCGGGUGGGAACUUCUAUGUCCUCUUGGAAGAAAACAAAUGGUGGCUUGCCACAAGGUACAAAGUUGGGUCCAUUAUUGUUUGCUGUUCUCAUUAAUUCCUUACUCAAAAACUGGCCCAGUAGGAUCAAGUUUGUGGAUGACACCUCAGCCCUAGAGAUUAUACCACGUUUUUCAUCCAGUUUAAUGCCAUUAGUCGUAAAUGAAAUCUCGGACUACGCCUUAGAACGUGGAAUUGAACUAAAUUAUAAGAAAUGCAAACAAAUGUUGAUCAACUUUCUUAAAUAUAAAGGAUCUGAUGAUGAAAACCCGAUCUAUGUUUUCAGGUAAACCGGUGGAAACUGUGUCCUCUUUCAAACUCCUAGGUGUAUGGAUGUCAAACGACUUGUCAUGGAAUACUCAUGUCGACAUGGUAUUGAAAAAGGCAAAUUCUCGCUUAUACGCAUUGCGUCUGUUAAAAAAGGCUGGUCUUCAAGCAUCUGACAUCGUCCAAAUAUAUAUCUCAUUCAUCAGAUCCAGAAUUGAAUAUGCAUCCCCUGUAUGGUCGUCAAUACCUAAAUCAUUAUCUGACAUUCUCGAAUCUGUUCAAAAGAGAGCAUUGAGAAUAGCUUAUCCAGAUCUGUUAUAUGAUGAAGCCCUUGAAAUUUCAAACUUACAGUAUCUGAGUACUCGUAGAGACAUCUCUUGCAAGAAAUUCGUCGAAUCUCUGCGACGUGAUGUUUCACCCUACAACCCUUUGACCCAAAUUAUGGAAAUUCGUCCCGGGGUAAAAACUCAUGAUUAUGACUUAAGGAAUGACAGAACGGCCGAACAACCUUUAUGGUCAGAAACCACUGAACGGUUAAAAAACUUCGUGACUAGAAAAUAUUAUUAGCUUUAUAGUUAAUUAACAGUCCUAACUAAAUAAACAUUAUUUUAUAUAAUAUAUAUAUAUGUACAUUUUAAUAUAAAUUUUUAUGCUAUAUUAGUACUCCAUGUAAUUCAGUUUUCCUUUAAAAACUGCAAAUUGGUUUUAAUUAAACAGAUUGAUUGAUUGAUUGAUUGAUACUUUUGCCGAACAUAACUUCGGCCCCUUCUGACGUAUCUUCUUUGUAAUAGUCUUGUUCGAAUCUCUAUCAAAAACAUUAUUUAGAUUGUUAUGCUUGAGACUGUAUCUUCAAAUUUGCAUCUUUUAUGACCGUAUUUUCAUUAUUUUUUAGUCUGACUUUGAGAUAACCCCAUUCAAUACAAUUGAAAAAUGUCAAAAACAAUGCGACCUUUGUAUCGUAUGACUCCGGAAAUGCCAGCAAUCGAAAGUUUGGAACAAGCUGUUAACAAUUUGUAACAAGCUUGAUGGCAUUAUCAACUUGUUACAAGUUUGUUCCAACAAGUUCGUUACAGUCAUGAUAUAACAAGAAUGUUACAAGGUUGACGACACAAGGUUGCAACAAUAUAGCUAUAUCAUAAUUGUAUCAGACGCGUGUUGGAACAACCUUGCAACAAGUCUGAUAAUAUCAACAAGGUUGUUACAAGUUGUUAACAGCUUGUGCCAAACUGUUGGCAACUUGGGACAAGCAGUGCGAACCCAACUUGUUGACAACUUGUUGGCAAACUUGCUACAAGAUGUGAGAUUUUUAUGCGUAUACAGGAGCUCCUUAUUGGCCAAGUAUAGCGCGUGACACGGGCAUGCAAGUAAAACCCGAUAUCUUGAAAAAUUCAAAACAAAUAUUUCUACUCGCCGUACAUUCAAACGAAACUUUCUACACGAAAGCGUUUGAAUACAAAUAGUAUUUUCCUCGCAUAGCCUUUGAGAAAAUGACGAAAAGUUUAGAAGAUAUUCAACUUCUUCUCAAUAUGAAAUACAGAAUGUUUGGCCAAGCGGUGAGUAAAUAUAUGAUUGUUUUGGUUUGUGUAAUGUUUUGACGGCAUUUGACCCCACGUUCGAACGGUUAUUUUGUGAGGAUUUCAAUGGUGGCUUUCGUUUAAAAGAGGGGUGGGGGUAAAUAUUCGCAAAGGUAUUUACAUUAGAAACAUUGAAUCGUAAUGUAAUGCGAAACCACCUUGCCGAGAAGGAGGUGAAACACAUUAGUCUGACAUCAAUACAAAUGGUUUGAUCCGUGGAAAAUAAAUUUCAAUUUUGUAACCCUGAAAAUGAAGAAAGCAAUGGUACACGAGGCAUUCUGCUGAAACGUGCUACCUAAUAAGUCUGAUGCAAAAAGUUGGAACGCAAGAUUUUUUACACGAGAAAUUGUUGAUCUUUGCCGACGCUUUCCUACGUUUUUCUUUCCAAACAAACGAACUAAAGUGGAACUUGAUCCCACUUUAAUUAAAUUAAGCCAUUCUACCGCAUUGCAGCGAAUAUACUAUUCUUUUUUAAUAUAAAUGUAGUGUUGAAAAAUGGCCUUCAAGCGUUCUGAUUGGCUCUCUCAGCAGUAACCUGGAGGCAAUAGUAUAUCUCUCAGACUGCUCUGAGCGGCAGUAACCAUUCAUUUCAAAACAAAAUGGCUGCCGAAAAUCCACUUGCAAACAAAUCAUCGAUGAAAAAAUUGAAGAAAUUAAAGCACAUACUAUUCCUCUAAAACAAAAGAAGCAACAAUAUAUGAUGUUAACCUAUUUCCGGAAUGACAAAAGAACCUGUUAGAUGCCUAAGACAAUUUAUUUGGCAAUUUAAAACCGGAAAACAACAGAAUCGGGCGGCACGGUUCCGACAGCUGGAUUCGUUUGACUCAAAAGCGGAAGAGUGACAUAAAUUACAUUUGCAACGUUUGUAUAUAUUAUUAUUUUUCAAUACUGAAUUUAUACUAAAACAAUUAUUCGCAGCUCAGUGAGUAUAGGCUUGUAAUCACCUCGCUUCGGUGACUAAUGUUUGAAUAUUAUUUAUUUAAAAUAUCCAUGGCUUCUGAUUGGCCAACAGCCAACUGUAAAAUCGUCAUAUUAAUUCAUACCAAUUCAAACAAAUUCAAAAGGUGUGUUUGUUUACUGUAAAUUGUCGUCCGCUAAUCCCCCGGGGGAGCUCUUGUAUAUUCCAGGUUUAGUAGAGUGCAUGGCCGGGUUGGGAGAGAAGGGGGGGGGUGCGCAUUGUUUUCCACCUCCACUGAAAAGUUAUUCACCUUCCCUUGGGAAAGGUUAAAAUGGUUGAUUAAAGAGAAAAUUUUUGCUUAGGGUCUGUACUUUGUGAUAAAGUUUUUUCUAUAAAAUUAAAACAGCGAUAGCCAUUUAUCUCUGCUUAUGUAUAUAUUAUACCCUUUGAUGCAAUAUUUCGUAUGGAACUUUGUAGUAAUGUGAUAUAAUCAAGAUCAAAAUUUUAUGAGUUGUACAGUCAUAUUUCAGGAAUACACUGACGCAAUAUGCAAAGUACAUAAAUCAAGCAGCAUAUUUGACGUAGUUGACUUUAGGGGAGCGGAACGUUAUACGCCCUAAUGUUCCAUGGAGACCUUGAGCUAAACCGCCGCUCCUCUUCUAAAGUUUUUCCCACCUCCACUAUUUCCACAAAAUUCCGGCCACGAUAUAGCUAGAGUGCAUGUAGGAGAGCUUACUUGAGUUGGAGAGGCUUAUUAGAAUUUUCUGUAAAUAUUUUUUAAGUUCGAAACUAUUUUUUGCAAUUUUUAGAAACGACCAAUCUCCUGCAACGAUAUUCUGACAAAAUCAGCAGGGGCUACAAGUGGACUUUAUAAAAUCUCUGUUGACAACAAAAUGAUGACAGUAUAUUGUGAAAUGGUUUUCCAUGGAGGAAGUUUCACGUUUAUCCCCAAGUCAGCUGUCAGGAAGGGAACCCUACCCAAGCUUGUAUCACAACUUUUCACAAACCACUCUGAAGUUCUUUUGUACAUUCAAAAGAAAGAUGGAAGUCAGACGUACACCCACAUCCAACAACUGGGAGAGCAAUCCCAAACGCCUUUGGUAGUCUUACAGAAUACAAACUCAGGUUAGUUUGUGAAAAUGUGAUUAUAUGAAAGUUACAUUGCUAAUGUUGUUAAUUAGUGCUGACGACCAAAUUGGAAAUUAAAAUGGAUUACUAUGGGUGUGUGCUAAAAUGGUAGUACUUCGUGAUGGCGCAGUUGUUAUCGUAAUGGCAGUAUACGUUUCUUAGUUUCCAUAAUUAACAAUUAUUCGCCGAAGGCGAGGUGACUAUCGGUGAAUAAAAACUGAGACAAAGUCGAGUUUUUUAUUCACGAUAAUCUCCGAGCCUGAGGUGAAUAAUUGUUUUAGUAUAAUUUCACAGGUGAUUAUUUGGAAAAAAAUAAAAAAUACGCAUUUCUUCGUCAUUUAAUAUUGAUAAAACGGCUUCGGCCGACAUUUCGAAAAUAGCUUAGGUAAUUAUCGCGUUAUAAUCACCUCAAUGCCGACCAAUCAGCGUGGAAAAAUAACAAACACUUUACUUAGAUAAAGAAAAUUAUUGGUUUCCCAGAAGUUUAAAUUAUGUAAAUUUUUUUGGUAUGUGAUAUUUCACAUAUAUAAAACAUUUUCCGUGUUGAUAUACAGUUAUAUCAACACGAGUGGAAAUUGGGAAAACGAGAAAUUGUGUGCAUGGAAACACGACGCCCGGAGGGCGGAGUAUUUUCACACAAUUUCCACGAGUGUUGAUAUAACUAUAUAUCAAUACGGAAAAAAGUUUUAUAUUUGUUUUAUAAUAUAUAGCACAAAGAAAUAUAAAGAAAGAAAUUUUCCCACGUUUCCGUGUUGACAUUGAGUUAUAUCAACACGGCUUUUUAGCCAAUCAGCGUUCAGAACUUACAAAUGCUAUAUUAUAAAAACAGUUAUAUUUCAUACCUGAGAUCAAAUAAGCCUUUGGCAAGAUUCGGAGUCACUUAUCCAAUACAAAAUAUGACAAAAGUCAAAAGCAUGCUUUUCUUCAUCGAAAUAUACUCAAACGAAAAAGCCAAAAAUUUGCAAAUCACACUUGACAUUUGAUACACGACAUUCCACGACUCAUUGCGCGCGUGGCCCUUGUCUUCUAAAAUAGAUACACGAAAAAGCGCGACCAAUCUAUCCCUAGUUUAAUCAUAAAUGAAUCUUGAAGCAUAAAUCUGGCAAAAAAAUGACCAUAAAAAUGUCAUAACAUGUGAAGGUAUGUCAUGUCAUCGCAAAUCUCGGACCAUCGAUUCCAUGGACAAGAACUUCUACGAGACGUCCCUUAAAUCUGGAUCCAUAUCCGAAUCUAGUCCCUGCGUUACAAUACUCACACUGAAGAAAAGUUAGCUAUAUCAAUUUUAGUCAUUUAGAAUAACAUCCCAACUUGGGGGCAAAACAGCACUAAGUGGGGGUCAAAACAGCACUAAGUAUGGGGGCCAAAACAGCACCUAAAUAUGGGGACCAAAACAGUCUAAAUAUGGGGUCAAAACAGCACUAAGUAUGGGGGUCAAAAGGGGGCCAAAAUGGCACUAAAUAAUAUGAGGGCCAAAAUAGCAUUACGAAUAGGGGCCAAAACGGCCCUUGAGGUGCCAAAAUAGCCCUUGACUUGUGAUCCGUUUUGGCCCCGGUUUAAGGCAUAUUUUAAGGAAUUUACAGUGGUGGUCCAAAAUUUACGGUAGGGCCCCCGCGUCCCGCCCCCUGCCGGUCAAGCUCUGAGUAUUGAAUAUUUGUGCAGUAAUCGUGUUAAAACGCUUCCUGAACUUAUUGUGUAUUACAGUGUCACAUUCAACACACAUUUAUUAUUUCUAGUUUCUACACUACAGACGGGUACGCAAUUGAUCUGACUAAAAAUACAAAAAAUACUGAAAUGAUUGUAAAUGAAAUGCAGUGUUGAAAGUGUUCCAGUUCCACUCUGGCACUCUCCACUAAAGUGACUAAACAGAAGUAAUUUACAAACAUCCACUUGAUUCCCUAUAAAAUGUUCUCAUAUACUCUCUAUCCUUAAAAAGUUCUGUGUCAGGUUGGGAAUUUCUUCUGCUUUUUCGUUUUAGAAAUUCUGCUACUGCCUCCCUUGGAUCAAACAGAACAGUUCCUUUCCCAUUCUGUGAAACUUGUAAAACAUUUUUUAUUGUUGUCUGUUUUAGACAAGCUAGCUCUGUCUCCUGUUUUUACUCACCUGAUGCCAAGUCAUCGACAAUAGAGAAUUAAUGCUAUUUUCAUCGUCGUCAGCAGCUGUAUUUUAGAUCCAUCAUCUUUUGUUUCCAACACAGCGGGAGCUGAGCAUGUCGAUGCACUUUCGCCUCUGACGAGGUAUUUGUAUUGCGGUGAAAAAAGUCAGAUAAAGUGGUUUGCCCAUGGUUCAUAAUAGAUAUGUUCAAUUCUCGCAGUCUCUUAUUUUUUCUUUUCUGAUAACCGCUCAAUUCCUUUCGCUUGUUGUUUGUCGCCAUAUUUUUAUAAUGUACAAAUUUAUAAAAAUUAUCAUUUUAUAUUUAAAUAAAAAUCGUGAAACAUUGGUGACAUGUGCCCCCAAUACGUAAUGUCAGCGGAAAAAUAUGGGUGUACUUUGUGUUCUGCACGUGUAUAAUUUGAAACAAAACCAUAACUGCAAUAUAAAUGCCAUCAAAAAAUUGAAAGUUUAUAGACUAGCGUUUUAAUAGCUUGUUUAAGGUAAAUAAUUUUAUAUUCUUGAUGUAAAAUGUAAAGACUGAAGCUGCGGGGGCCCACACAGUGGUGGGCCAAUACCCUGUGAGUGGUGGGCCACUUGAGGGGCCUGGUAGGCCAAAUGGCCCACCAGUCUAUUAUUUAAAAUAUGCCUUGCCCCGGUUAGAGUCAAAACGGCCCAGUUUUCAAAAAGCCAAAAUGGCCUUUCUAAAAUUACUGUGAAUAUUCUUACUUUUUUUUACUAAAAUGCUCAGCUUUUUUGUUGAUAACCGUGGAAUUAUUUUGGAUUAGUGAUGUCAUAAUUUUCAACAAGAUGGAAACGCCAUCAGCACGCUGAAAACAUCAUGUGUGUGAUAAGUUUAAUUCCUAUCCAUGCAGUGAUAAUACCAUAGUAAUGGUGGUAUAUUGUUAUAGGGGAAAUUUGAAACGCGAAUUUGGGAUUACGAAUCAUCGUAUAUUGGUAUAAAUUCCGAUCCUUGCAAGCUUAUACACAAAACGUCCGCCUUAGUAAUCUUAUUUUCUUUAUUAGGGCCUGGUAGAAUACCUGCAAAUUCGUUCAUGUUGGACUAUCUUUAUCUGAGCACAUCAAUUUAUACUAACGGAUUCCUAUCCAACAAUGUGGAAGUGAAAUAUAAUAAUGGCAAUUUCCCGAUCAGAAGUUACUUUGCAUUCUUUCCCAACCAUCGUGGACUGAAUCCAAUCACGAAAGCUAGCGCUAGCUGGGUCUACGAAACACGAGGGGUUGCGGUAGAUUGGAGGAACACUGGAAUGGUUCUGCAGACAGAAAGAAUACCAAGUAAUUUCUUUUACCUAACUGAGGUACAUUACGGCGGAGGUGGUUGUUAUACAUCCAGUGAUCGUUGGGUUGAGGCAAACGGAACUGCAAUUGGACUACGAUAA